GGUGUGUUCUCAACCCAACAUGGUGAUUUUCAAUAACACUACAUCAUCUUCCUCAAACUUCCUACUCACUGUAUUUCCUGGUCUGGAACUUGCACAUGUCUGGAUCUCUAUUCCUGUCUGCUGUCUCUAUGCCAUUGCCCUCUUGGGAAACAGCAUGAUUCUGUUCGUCAUCAUUGUUGAGAGGAGUCUUCACAAGCCCAUGUACUAUUUCCUCGCCAUGCUGUCAACUGUUGAUCUAUGUCUGACCAUCUCAACCCUUCCCACUGUUCUUGGGGUUCUCUGGUUUCAUGCCCGGGAGAUUAGCUUGAAAGCUUGCCUCAUUCAAAUGUUCUUUGUACAUGGCUUCUCCUUCCUGGAGUCUUCAGUGCUGGUAGCCAUGGCCUUUGACUGCCUCAUGGCUAUCUGUAACCCACUGAAGUAUGCUAUUGUUUUCACAGACAUGAUAAUCUUGUUGAUUGGACUGGUUAUCUGCAUACGGCAAGUAAUUUUAAGCUUUCCCAUGAUUCUAGCCUUGACGAGAGUAUCUUUCCACGGAGGCCAAGAGCUUUCCCACCCAUUUUGCUACCAUCCAGAUAUGAUUAAAUACACAUAUUCCAACCCCUGGAUCAGCAAUUUUUUGGGCAUGUUUCUUCAGCUCUACCUGACUGGCACUGACUUACUGUUCAUUCUUUUCUCCUACGUUCUGAUUCUCCGAACCGUCUUGAGUAUAAUGGUCCCUAAGAAACAACAAAAAGCUCUCAGCACUUGUGUCUGUCACAUCUGUGCUGUCACUGUUUUCUACGUGCCAAUGAUCAGCCUGUCCUUUACACACCGCCUUUUCAGUUCCACCCCAAAAGUGGUCUGUAGCAUUUUGGCCAAUGUUUAUUUGUUCUUACCACCUGUACUGAACCCUGUCAUUUACAGCUUGAAGACCAAGACCAUCCGCCAGGCUAUGCUCCAGCUGCUCCAUUUUAAGGGCUCACAGGGCCCCAGUGUGAGGAGUCAUAGAGGACCCUGGGGUUGAAGUAGAGAGAAGUUAUAUUUGAGCAAUAAAAGGAUCUAGGUCUGUGCCACCAGGCAUUUUAGUUACUGAAGCAGUUUCACUUAAAUCAUAGGAGCAGAAAGAGAAUACUUUUCCCCUAAGCUUAUCAAAAGUUAAAAAAAAAAACAACAAACUACCAUUCAAGACCAAAUUAAUUGUGUAUAUGUCCCUCAAACAUUUAAAAUAAUUAUAUGGAACUCCUGUGCACAUUAAAAGCACAAUAAGAUCAUUUUAUUCUGGUUGAACAAUUUAAUUAUCUGCCUUAAAACGGUAAUUCUUAGACCAAAGAUUAAUAUAUAUAAUUUUAUGUCUGUGUUCAGCUGCCAAAAAGUCAUUUAUUUCUGUGGUAAGA